AUGUCCCUCAUAAACUACCGCACCGUCGACGUGGACAGUAUCGACCCAGAAUCCUCCGUAAAUUUCCCCCUAGAGACCCUUGUACCAAGCAACUGCCCUCCACCCACAAACUCCAGCGCGGCGGCCAGCAUCGGUUCGCAAGUCCGCCAAAUGCUCCGGUCCGGCGACUUGGAGGGGGUUAUGCGCUAUGUACUGGACACAGCGCCGCUAGGUGGUGAUGAUAGAGCGAAGGAGGUCCAUCUAGCUACCGUUGUGGAGGUCCUGGCGGGGAUAAGACAGGGGGAGAUGACGAGGGUGCUUGAGGGCGUUUGCUCUGGGGAGGGUGGAGCGGAGAGAGGGGAUUGUUUGAUGAAGUACUUAUAUAAAGGGAUGGCUGCCCAGUCAUCUGGGAGCCUCUCGCCGUCGAAGAAAUCAUCAUUGUCUCCCCAAAGUACGGGCUUUUCGCAAAUACAGGCGCGGAAUAUUGGGGAAGGAGGUGGAGGUCAACAAAUGAGCGUGUUGUUGAGCUGGCAUGAGAAAUUGGUUGAUAUUGUUGGAGUCGGAUCCAUUGUUCGGGUCAUGACGGAUCGAAGGACGGUUUGA